GCCGGAGAUGUGCGCGAUGUUGGAAGGAGCGCUCCUGAAUCAUCAUCCUCGAGCAUCAAGUGGACACCUCUAGCCACGGAACUGCGUAUUCUAUUCACUUCAACGAGGACGAAGAGCUCUUGAAUCAUUUUGAGACAGGAAACAAACUAGUAAUAUACUCUGCUGUCGUAUUUCUCAGUAAAUAACGGGUCAAACGCAGAGCCUACAGUAAAGAAAAAGGGAAAAACGUGACACUGGAGAAACAUCAAAGAAUAUAGGUCCUGACAGAGUUGUGCAGACUCAGGACAACUGAGCUUUGAAGGAAUAAGCAGAUUUAAAGAGGAGUCCGUAAACUGCUUGCUAAUAAUCAUGAUCUUUUCCUCAAAGAAGUUAAUGAAUUUAUUACUGUUGAAGUGAAAGCCAUCCUCUCUUGGGGAAUGUUGUCACAUGUGAAGUGUAAAGCCACCUGUCAGACUGCGAUCACAAUGGGAAGGAAAAAAAUACAAAUCUCUCGUAUCCUGGACCAGCGGAAUAGACAGGUUACUUUCACCAAGCGUAAGUUUGGCCUGAUGAAGAAGGCGUAUGAGCUGAGUGUGUUGUGUGACUGUGAGAUUGCCCUCAUCAUCUUCAACAGCACCAACCGUCUGUUCCAGUACGCCAGCACUGACAUGGACAAGGUCCUACUCAAGUACACAGAGUACAGCGAGCCUCACGAGAGUAGGACCAACACAGACAUAAUGGAGACUCUGCGGAGGAAAGGCCUGGGUCUGGACGGGACAGAGCUGCUGGACACUGAGGAGCCCAUGCAGGUUGCAGCAGAGAAGUUCGGUCCACUAAGUGAGGGCAUGGACCUCUCCCUGGCCCGCCAGCGCUACCAUGCCCCCUCACUGCUCUCACCUGAGGCCCAGUUCCUGGUGACUGCUGGCUGUGAGAAUGGAUACCCCAACUCGUCCAACCCCAGCCUGAGCUCCCACAGACCCCCUGCCUUCAAGCCAAUGGGCCCCAGACCAGGCUCAGUCAGCCCUGCAGGGCCCCACAGCCACGCUGCCUUCAUGUCUCCACACUCAGGUAUUGGCUACUCCAUGUUCUCCCAUGGUAACCUGAGCCGGGCCUUGGAGAUGAAGACUCCUCCCCCUUUGAACCUGGGCAAUGACAACCGGCGGGCAGAGAGCCACCCUGGUAUGGGUGGCAUUCGCGCCAACCUCAACAGUGCUAGAGGCAUACUGUACCAGGGCAUGCACCCAGGGAACCACAUGCUGACCAUGGGGAAGGCAGGUCUGCUGGGCCAGAGUCUUGGGGGCUACGGCCUCUCUGCUGGACCAUCUGACUACAGCCACCCAGGUUUCUCCCAUGCUGUGAGUCUACAGCGUGGUACAGUGAACCCGUGGCAGACGGCACAACAGCAGGAGCAACAUGUACCCCACCUCAGCCCAGUGAUGUCCAGCAGAGGGUGCUCUUUUCCCUCUCAAGCCUCCACUCCCACCACUCCUCCUCACCCCUCCCUCAACCUCAGCAUCAAAUCAGAGCGAGCCUCCCCGGAGCGCAUCUGCUCUGCGACCUCUCCGCCGCUGCAACAUCUGAGGCAGCACUCUCCAAUGAGCACCCCCGAUUCUGCUCGCCACACUCCCCAGGAACCUUACCCAGCCAAUGAGAGAGAGGAAUUCCCCAAAGGAGGUUUUCCCUACCCGGCUCAGCAAGGGGCAGAGGAGAAAGGGGGGCUGCCCCUGAGGCAAUUAGAAAUUAGCGAUGGGUGGCAGAGAUAGUUGGCAGCGACUACCACACACCACCCACCCUCCUUCAAGCCAAAGCAAGCCUGCCACAUGGUUGCCCACUCACAGAGAGAGGAGGAUGGGGAGAUGAGGUUCAUUAAUUCACAUCAUCCCAGAGGAAAGAGAGACCCCCCUUAGAGCUGGGCUGGACUCUCCCUUGUGGGUGAUGAACAUGUGUCACUGCCUCUCUGAUCCUGAUAUAUUGCUGGGUGUGUUGUUGGGUUUUGUUGGUUUGUCUGUGUGUUGGGGUCAGAGGGUAUGUCAAACCACAUAUCAGUGUGGUUCUCUCAUCCUGUUUGAGCUACAGAGCAGAGGGUAAGGGAGAUUGUCAUUUAGCCAUGUUCUUAGAGCACUGUGUUUCAGAGUAGUACUUUACAUUCAGGUCCCCAGUUACAGUGCCUUCGGAAAGUAUUCAGACCCCUUGACUUUUUCCACAUUUUGUUAGAUUACAGUCGUAUUCUAAAAUUGAAUAAAUUGUUGUUUUUUCAUCAAUCUACACACAAUACCCCAUAAUGACAAAGCAAAAACAGUUUUUUAGCCAUGUUUAACAUAAGAAUUCAGACCCUUUACUCAGUACUUUGUUGAAUCACCUUUGGCAGUGAUUACAGCCUCGAGUCUUUUUGGGUAUGACGCAACAGGCUUGACACACCUGUAUUUGGGGAGAUUCUCCCAUUCUUCUCUAAAGGCCUGAUGGUGGAGUGCUGCAGAUCCUCUCAAUAUAUGUCAGGUUGGAUGGGAAGUGUUGCUGCACAGCUAUUUUCAGGUCUCUCCAAAGAUGUUAGAUCGGGUUCAAGUCCGGGCUCUGGCUCGGCCACUCAAGGACAUUCAGACACUUGUCCAAAAUCACUCCUACAUUGUGUUGGCUGUCUGCUUAGGAUCGUUAUCCUGUUGGAAAGUGAAUCUUCACCCCAGUUUGAGGUCCUGAGUGCUCUGGAGCAGGUUUUCAUCAAGGAUAUCGCUGUACUUUGCUACGUUCAUCUUUGCCUCGAUCCUGACUCGUCUCUCAGUCAAUGCCGCUGAGAAACAUCCCAACUGCAUGAUUCUGCCACCACCAUGCUUCACCAUAGGAAUGGUGCUAGGUUUCCUCCAGACGUGAUGCUUGGCAUUCAGGCCAAAGCGUUCAAUCUUGUUUUCAUCAGACCAGAGAAUCUUGUUUCUCAUGGUCUGAGAGUCUUUAGGUGCCUUUUGGCAAACUCCAAGCAGACUGUCAUAUGCAUUUUACUGGGGAGUGGCUUCCAUAUGGCCACUCUACCAUAAAGGCCUGAUGGUUGUCCUCCUUGAAGGUUCUCCCAUCUCCAGAGGAACUCUCUAGCUCUAUCAGAGUGAUUAUCGGGUUCUUGGUCACCUCCCUGACCAGGGCCCUUCUCCCCCAAUUGCUCAGUUUGGCCAGGCGGCCAGCUCAUGGCAGAGUCUUGGUGGUUCCAAACUUCUUCCAUUUAAGAAUGAUGGAGGCCACUGUGUUCUUGGGGACCUUCAACGCUGCAGACAUUUUUUGGUACCCUUCCCCAGAUCUGUGCCUCGACACAAUCCUGUCUCGGAGAUCUACCGACAAUUCCUUUGACCUCAUGGCUUGGUUUGUAAAUAAGGUAUAUGUUUUGUCAUGAGGUAUUGUGUGUAGAUUGUUGAGGAUUUUUUGUAUUUAAUACAUUUUAGAAUAAGGCUGUAAUGUAACAAAAUGUGGAAAAAGUCAAGGGGUCUGAAUACUUUUCGGAGGCACUGUAUAUAACUUUAAUGCUUUAGCCUUUAGCCCAAAAUCAAUGAAGUGGUCAGCUCACAGGAGACCGAUUAGGGAGCACCAAGGUUCUACUCAUCUAUCAUAGUGGCACACCCUCUGUGAUAGUGAGUGGGAAGUUAGUCUGGAUAGGAAUUGAUUAAAGAAAAACAAAAAUGCAAUCUGCACUUAUGGAUUUUUGUAUUUAAAAUCUGUGCAUCAAUAAGUCUCUCAGGGAUUUGGAUCAUUGGUUCCAUUAUACAGGGUUAGUGUUGCUUUUUAAGGCUAGGAAAUUACUGAGCAAAGCUGUUUGGUUUUGCACUAUAUACUGCAUAGUUAAAGUCUUUAUUUUUGGACACUGGCUUUAGUAAUGCAAAAUGAUGACACAUUUAAGACUAAAGGGAAUGUAACAUGUGCUUUAUUUCUUAUUAAUGGAUAUUGUGUUCAAUUUAAUUAUUUGUGAAGCAAUAUCCAAAACAAGCCAACAUUUAGCAUAUAAUGGUGUAUAAGAAUCAUUACUAGUCAUCAUCAUACAUCUUCAAAGGUUUACUACUUUCAGCACUGUUGUAUUUUGUUUAAAUAAAUUCCAGUUAUUUAUUCAUUCCUGAAAAGGAAACACAUUUUCAGUGGGUCAAUGGGAAUAGGGUAUGUUGACAAUCAGACACCUAUCAAAUAAACUGCAUAAAUUAACUUUUGUCUAUGGAAAAAAAACAUUGAGACACAUUUUAUUGCUCGAGUUUUUUAUAUAUAUAUUUUGUAAUGAUUUUUGUGUUUUAUGCAGAUCAUUUGUGGCGUGUUAUUGUUUCAUUUAUCAAUUUAAUGUUUAAAAAGUCUGAAAAUAGUUCAUGUAAAAUUAUCUUGUAUCCGUUUAGUUUCUUGUGGGUUUGUGUGUAGAUUGAAGUGAACUCCUUAGUCCACAAGAGGUCAACGUAUUUCACACCAUCACUCUGAAGGCAAGACAAUGCAGAAAGAAUCAGCCAUUAGUGCUACUACUGGUAAUUAAUUAUGUGAUUUUCCAUGGAAAAAGUGACAAGUUAAUGCAGUGCAAUGUGAUGGUAUUCAGAUAAAACUGCAUAAUUAGUGUAUUGAAGACACACACAGAGGGUAUAUGGGCAGGUUCUGAUUGACAACAUGGAAUUAUUGCCAGGAGAAAUGUUUAUGUGUCUGACACAAACUACUUCAACUGUGGAUAAAUGUAGAAAGGUAAAAACAGUAACUUCAGUUACAAACAGUAUUCUCACAGACACAUUCAAGUUAUUUUGACAUACAGUGCCUUGCGAAAGUAUUCGGCCCCCUUGAACUUUGCGACCUUUUGCCACAUUUCAGGCUUCAAACAUAAAGAUAUAAAACUGUAUUUUUUUUGUGAAGAAUCAACAACUAGUGGGACACAAUCAUGAAGUGGAACGACAUUUAUUGGAUAUUUCAAACUUUUUUAACAAAUCAAAAACUGAAAAAUUGGGCGUGCAAAAUUACAGCUGCAAAAUUACAGCUGCGAUUACAGCUGUAAGUCGCUUGGGGUAUGUCUCUAUCAGUUUUGCACAUCCAUGCAAAACAGCUCGAGCUCAGUGAGGUUGGAUGGAGAGCAUUUGUGAACAGCAGUUCAGUUCUUUCCACAGAUUCUCGAUUGGAUUCAGGUCUGGACUUUGACUUGGCCAUUCUAACACCUGGAUAUGUUUAUUUUUGAACCAUUCCAUUGUAGAUUUUGCUUUAUGUUUUGGAUCAUUGUCUUGUUGGAAGACAAAUCUCCAUCCCAGUCUCAGGUCUUUUGCAGACUCCAUCAGGUUUUAUUCCAGAAUGGUCCUGUAUUUGGCUCCAUCCAUCUUCCCAUCAAUUUUAAUCAUCUUCCCUGUCCCUGCUGAAGAAAAGCAGGCCCAAACCAUGAUGCUGCCACCACCAUGUUUGACAGUGGGGAUGGUGUGUUCAGGGUGAUGAGCUGUGUUGCUUUUACGCAAAACAUAACGUUUUGCAUUGUUGCCAAAAAGUUCAAUUUUGGUUUCAUCUGACCAGAGCACCUUCUUCCACAUGUUUGGUGUGUCUCCCAGGUGGCUUGUGGCAAACUUUAAACGACACUUUUUACGGAUAUCUUUAAGAAAUGGCUUUCUUCUUGCCACUUCCAUAAAGGUCAGAUUUGUGCAAUAUACGACUGAUUGUUGUCCUAUGGACAGAGUCUCCCACCUCAGCCGUAGAUCUCUGCAGUUCAUCCAGAGUGAUCAUGGGCCUCUUGGCUGCAUCUCUGAUCAGUCUUCUCCUUGUAUGAGCUGAAAGUUUAGAGGGACGGCCAGGUCUUGGUAGAUUUGCAGUGGUCUGAUACUCCUUCCAUUUCAAUAUUAUCGCUUGCACAGUGCUCCUUGGGAUGUUUAAAGCUUGGGAAAUCUUUUUGUAUCCAAAUCCGGCUUUAAACUUCUUCACAACAGUAUCUCGGACCUGCCUGGUGUGUUCCUUGUUCUUCAUGAUGCUCUCUGCGCUUUUAACGGACCUCUGAGACUAUCACAGUGCAGGAGCAUUUAUACGGAGACUUGAUUACACACAGGUGGAUUGUAUUUAUCAUCAUUAGUCAUUUAGGUCAACAUUGGAUCAUUCAGAGAUCCUCACUGAACUUCCGGAGAGAGUUUGCUGCACUGAAAGUAAAGGGGCUGAAUAAUUUUGCACGCCCAAUUUUUCAGUUUUUGAUUUAAAAAAGUUUGAAAUAUCCAAUAAAUGUCGUUCCACUUCAUGAUUGUGUCCCACUUGUUGUUGAUUCUUCACAAAACAAAUACAGUUUUAUAUCUUUAUGUUUGAAGCCUGAAAUGUGGCAAAAGGUCGCAAAGUUCAAGGGGGCCGAAUACUUUCGCAAGGCACUGUAUUUUUGAAUAUAAGCACUUGUCAGUAAAAACCACACAGGUUAUUCCAGCACAUCAAUACCACUGGGCAAAAACUGGUUAAAUCAAUGUUGUUUCCAUGUCAUUUCAACAACAAAAAACAAUGUGAUGACGUUGAAUUAACGUGGAAAACUGAUUGGAUUUGCAGAAAGUCAUCAACGUAAGGGAAUCUAGUCUUUAACCUUUUUAACCUAAAUGCAAUGACAUUGUGACAUUUUUUAUUGAUUACAUGUUGAAUUUAUGUUAGUUGACAACACAACCAAAUGUAUAUCAAAACUAUACGUUGGAUUGACAUAUGUGCCCAGUGGGUAGUGUCAGCGCUGGCAGUAUUUAUCAAAACAACCCAUGGCUUUAUACUUGUUUUAAUGAUGUGGCUGCCUUUCAAUUAGCAAUAUUUGAUUUGUAAGUUAUUUUGACCCAAAGGCUGUACAUCUAAUUGACUAAUUUAAAAACAUGUUGAUUCAGAAGUCACAGCAUUUCCUUUGAUGUAUAUUUAUCUGAAGACCGAUAAAAUGCUAUCUACUA